AGGUCUGCGUUGCCUCUUAUUUACUUCUCGCAGACAAAGAGACCGGCUCGCAAAAUGAAGAGAGUACAUAGCAGAAUGGAUCUUUUCUUAACACUUGCUGCUUUACUGCUGGCAACCAGCGUUUCUUUAUGCAAUGGAGGUAACCCCUGCUGCUCAGAGCCAUGCCAGAACAGGGGUGUGUGCACAGCGAUGGGUUCAGAAAACUAUGAAUGCGACUGCACACGCACUGGUUUUUAUGGACAAAACUGCACAACACCUGAGUUCCUCACUUGGAUAAAAGUUUCCCUAAAGCCUUCACCCAACACGGUGCACUACAUCCUCACCCACUUCAAGGGUUUCUGGAACAUCAUCAACAAUAUCUCAUUUCUCAGAGAUGCCAUCAUGAAAUAUGUCUUGACAUCACGAUCCCAUAUGAUUGACAGUCCUCCUACCUACAAUGCGGAUUAUGGAUACAAAAGCUGGGAAGCCUAUUCCAAUCUGUCCUACUAUACCCGUGCCCUUCCUCCAGUUCCGGCUGAUUGCCCAACCCCUAUGGGAGUCGUAGGUAAAAAGGAGCUACCUGAUGUCAAGGUUUUGGCGGAAAAGCUCUUGGUGAGGAGACGGUUUAUUCCAGACCCGCAGGGUACCAGCUUGAUGUUUGCGUUCUUCGCGCAACACUUCACACACCAGUUCUUCAAGUCUGAUAUGAAGAACGGACCUGCUUUCACAGUGGCUAAAGGCCAUGGGGUUGAUCUCGGCCACAUUUAUGGUGAAAACCUGGAGAAGCAACAUAAACUGAGGCUUUUCAAGGACGGAAAGCUUAAAUAUCAGAUGAUAAAGGGAGAGGUGUACCCUCCACUGGUUAAGGAUGUUGGUGUUGAAAUGCACUACCCGCCACACAUCCCAGACUCUCAGCGCUUCGCUGUUGGCCACGAGGCGUUCGGUCUGGUCCCAGGCCUCAUGAUGUACGCCACCAUCUGGCUCCGUGAGCACAACCGGGUGUGUGACGUUUUGAAGGAAGUUCACCCAGACUGGGAUGACGAAAGACUCUUUCAGACCUCUCGGCUCAUCCUUAUUGGUGAGACCAUCAAGAUUGUGAUUGAGGACUACGUGCAGCACCUGAGCGGAUAUCACUUCAAACUGAAGUUUGACCCAGAGCUGCUCUUCAGCAAACGCUUCCAGUACCAAAACCGCAUCGCAUCAGAGUUCAACACUCUUUACCACUGGCACCCUCUGAUGCCUGACAGCUUCCACGUCGAGGAGAGGGAUUACAGCUACAAAGAGUUUGUCUUCAACACCACUGUGAUGACCGAGCACGGCAUCAACAACCUGGUGGAUUCAUUUACCAAGCAGACUGCAGGACGGGUCGCUGGUGGGAGGAACGUUCCAGGACCCAUCUUGUAUGUCGCCAUCAAGUCCAUCGAGAACAGCAGAAAAAUGCACUACCAAUCCCUCAAUGCCUACAGGAAGAGAUUCUCCAUGAAGCCCUACACCUCGUUUGAAGACAUGACAGGAGAAAAAGAAAUGGCCGCCAUACUGGAGGAGCUGUAUGGAGACGUUGACGCUGUGGAGCUCUACCUCGGCCUGCUCGUGGAGAAGCCCCGGUCGAACGCCAUUUUUGGGGAGACGAUGGUGGAGAUGGGGGCUCCUUUCUCCCUCAAAGGCCUGAUGGGGAAUCCCAUUUGCUCACCAGAGUACUGGAAGCCCAGCACCUUUGGAGGCUCAGUCGGCUUUGACAUCGUCAACACCGCCUCCCUGCAGAGGCUAGUUUGCAACAACGUUCAAGGUCCCUGUCCAGUGGCGUCCUUUUACGUGCCUGACAUCAAAGAGACCGGAUCCAUGACCAUCAACUCGAGCACGUCGCAGUCGCGCGGCAGUAACCCUAACCCCACAGUUAUUCUGAAAGAAAGGACUUCUGAGCUCUAAAUACUGAGUUUAAAAGAAAAGAUGUUAUUUAAUAUGUUAUUUAAUGUUAUUUUGUAUUUAUAUUUUUUAUUUAUUUGUCUUUUUAUUUGUAGAUUUUUCCAAGUAUGUGUUAAUUUAUUAAGUGCCUUAAGUUAUUAUUGUAAUUUAAAAAUAAUUGAUAACUUCACUGACACCUUAUACUUUCAGCCGCAGUCGUACUCAUUGCAUUCCUAUUGUUUCAUGAUGAUAAUUUCUGUAGAUUUGCACACAUAUGGCUAAAACUGGAAAACAUCAUGGUUACACUCAUCAUGACUGAUUCAUAGGUCUGAUGCAAUACACUGCAAUAUGCAUUUCUAUUUUUUCUACUAAUUCACAGAUUUAUUUUUUUUUAAAAGAGAACUUGGAAUGACAGUAUAUGUGUCUAAACUGCAGAAAUCUUCAAAUGAAAUGUCAUGAAUUGUGUAAUAUGAGUGUAAGAAAUAUUAUGUGGCAUGUUCUUGUUUGAAUUGAAUAAACUCUGGCAGAACUGGCACAAUU